AAAAUAUUCGUUAAUGAGCUAAUUCACUUUUAUGAAGAAGUAUUUGUAAAAAUAGGCAUCCGAAACUAAAAUGCACUGCGAACCUCUAAUAACCUUGACUAUUGAACUUGAUGAAAAUAAAUAUAGUCAAAUCAACAUAUAUGAAGAUUCCAAUCCGGAUAUACUAGCAUCUAACUUUGUUACAGAUAAUUACUUAAGCAUGGCUUAUGUUGAACCACUCAAAUAGAACAUCAUCUAGCAAAUGUUGAUGUAUGACUAAAUGAAGGUAAAUGCUUCGAUUUAUACAAUAGAAAUAAGAAAAAGACAAAUAGCCUCUUUCUCAAUGGGAAACUGUUAAGAAACAACAAUAAAAUAAAGAAAAUCAGCAAUCAACACCAACUAGGAAUCUGAACACCAAAAGACACACUCCAGAAAAGACCCUGCCAACCAAUUUAAAAUCAGAAAGAAAUCUAUCUAGAAAUAAAAGAUUCCAAACUGAAGAUAUGAACACUCAUGAUAGACUCUACCAAUAGGCCAAAUAAACAAACAAUAUCAAACAAUAGAAAAAAGAGCACGAAUAAACAUCAAAGCAAAAAGACCCAAAUCUCGCAUUCAAACCUAAAACUAAUAACAUCUAAACAAAUAAUAGGAGUAAGAGUCCUCAAUCUAAUUAAAAUUAAUUUUAUCUUCAGCAGCCAACUCAAUAAAAAUAAAUGUAACUAAAAAGUCCCAGACUCAAUUAAUUGUAUUAAAACAAAUCAUUUGAAUUUCUGCUUCCAAAAAAAGAAGUCAAGAUUUCUAUUUUGGAAAAUGAAGAGAGUGUGACUUAGUUACCUAAAACAUAAGAUUCUCCAAAUGUAUCAUUUUCUGAAGAGAGUUAGUUUAAAAACGAUAGUCCUUAUACUUCAGCCUAAGAGGAGAAUUCAUUAUAUUAAGCAACCAAGGAUUCAGAUGAAAGAAUAGUAGCAAAAUUAUUUGCAAUGAUUGAAUCAAACAACGUAGUAGAUGCACGCAAUAUACCAUAUGAAAAGUUCAAUUAUCAAUUAAUAGUUGAGCUUAGAUUGCAUUUUCAAAAGAACGACUUCAAAAUUAUGAAUUGUGAAUAGUUUUGUUAGAGUGUAUUGAGAAAUGCAAAGCUAAUCAAAGUAUUUGUAUGAUAAUUUUCUAGUUUGCUACUGAUUUUUUCAAGUUUGAGAAUGUGCAAUACUAAAAUACUUGUUAUUAUCAUUGAAUGAUAAUAUAUUACUAUUUUAAUAUAAGAUCAAAUGUUUUUGUCUUAAAUCUGUUUUAGAACACCUAAUAGUUAUUAAUUUUAUUUAUUAUUACGCAUGUCUCGUAUCUUCAGCAAAUUAGUAUAAAUAAAAUACUACAUAGUUCUCUAAUUCUUCAGCUUCAUAAAAAGAUUUACCUCAGGGCUUCGCUGAAUAAAUCUUGCAAUAUGACAUCAAUUUUGUGUUGAGUAAUUUUACUAAUUUAGAUGCCUUGAAUCAUUUGGUAUAAUUGUAUAUGGUAAAGUUGUUAUCGAUGUUUGUGUAGAAAGGAGUUGAAUACUAUGAAUCUUAGCAAGAUCGAAAAUAGGAAUAUUUUAAAUACAAGUUGCAUUGGUUAAUGAGUCAUCCGAAUUUAUUACAGGAAAAAUCGAAAAAAGUAGAAAUGCAUUAUCCAACUAUUCAAGAGAAGUUAAUACAAAAAAUAGAGCCAAACGAGAAAAAUCAUGUUCAAUAAUUAAUUACGAACAUCCAACAGGAUAAAUAAAAUCAUUUGAAGUUAUAAAAAGUAUAUUGUAAUAAUUCUAUUUCAGCUAAUUUCGAAUGAGAUAAAUGAUUAACAAUAAAGAAUCAAUUGUAGAUUAAGAUAGAGAUCUACUUCAAAAAAUGAAAGAGAUAUUAAAUAAUAACAACACUAACUUAAUCACAAUCAGCAGUAUCAUAAUUAAAUUCAGAACCUUCAAUAACAGCAAAUUAACGAAGCUAGACCUGAAGAAGAGCAAUCUUAUGUUUAUUCGAAGCAUAUAUCACUCCAUAAAUGA